AUGGCGCUGCUUAUACAGGCUGAGUGCGACGACACUGUGCUUCCUCCCGUCUCACUCACCACUAGGGCAGAUUUAGUGCAGCGGUCGCCGGAGGCGCUUCUCAACAAUGCCAAUCGUCCCCUACACGUGGCCCUGCUGCUGCUGCUGCACCGCCGUGGCUUGCUGGAAGAUAGGCGUACGCGUCAAGAGGUAGCGCGUUUUUUGGUCCCCUCAGUGCAUCUCGACUGGCUGCCGUGGCUAUGGGGCGAUAGUGCGGAGUCUGUACCCGCAUCCUCAUCGGGGGACAUUUCUGGUUUGCGGACGUUGCCUCCGGUUGCGUGGCGGGGGAUGGUUGAGCGGGAAAAACCAAAUGAUUCCGGUGACCAGUUGCAUUACUGGCACCAGGUGUUCUUUGCGUUGUCCGCCAAUCCCGCCUUCACGGAAGCGGUGACCUUUGACAGCGCCCAUCGAGAGCUUCUCACCAUGGUGCGUGAGUACUACGUCGAUGUUACGCGCGUGCAACAACUCUUGCCCCAGCUAGAGGAAGGUACCAUUGUGACUCGCAUGCCACCAGUGCUCCUGCGCAAACUUCGAAAGUCGUAUGUGGAGCAGUAUCGUCUUCUGCAAUACGCAGAGCUAUUCCGCGCUGUAGUAGAUGGGGAGGAACUUGUCAUGCCAGCAGGCGGCACUGCUCUGUUGCAUGACGCGGAGCUCUUCGAGUACUACCUAGCCAUCCCUGGUCGUCGCGAGUCAGGGCUGGAGCGUGACAAGAGAUGGGUGUGCACACUCGAGUAUGCUGUUUUUGCCUUCAACAACAUAUUCCGCCAGCAGCGCUGGCAAGGCGCCUCCGUUACCACGGCGUUGUCACGACCAGUUACACUUCUCAUGAACGUUUGCGUCUUUGCGAAAAAUGACAACGCCGAGGGCGAUCGCUACCGGGAAGCUAUUCUUAGCGUGAUGCAUUUAUUUCACACCCGGUGUGGGGGUGACGGUGGCGGACACGUUGACAGCGGCAUCUCCUCCGACACCGCGUGGGAGUUGCUGCGACUUCUUCGCGACACAGGGGUGGAGAGCAUGUUGGCCAAGUGCAAACGACUACACUUUGGCCCAAUGCGUGGGCUUCUUGACGUUUGUACGGUGGCGGUUGUUACGGAGAUGUUUCUCUGUCUUGAGUCUGAUCCAGGGAGUGAAAAGGUUAGGCAAACCUUUUGCCACGAGGAGUUGGAAAUCCUCCUCAGCCCACGCAAGCUCAUCGGCAGUGAAAUGUACGAUGCUAUGAGGAGCCAUGGCCAUCCUUGUUUUGCUGCACUUUAUGGUUUGUUGAACUUGGGCACUCGUAUAAAUGCCGCACUUGAGGCGGUUGUAAAGUUGCCUGAGUCAAUGAAACGGUAUACUGCUGAAUUGGCGAAGUGGGGGGCGUUCAUUGGCCGCCCGCUACGUUUAAGCAUUCGGGAUGUUCCCUCAUCGCAGUUGUUGGCGGUACCUUUGGUGUCGGAUCGAGCAGGCGUAAGGUCGGUUCCGUCCUGGCAAUGUGGGUGUAAAAGUCUGAAUCCCGUUCAAGCAGGGCAUGUCUCGUGCAUAGGCUGUGUAUCACGGGAUUUGGUGGAACAUGAGUGGAUUUGCCCGCGCUGCUCGUGGGUUUCGGCGUCUGGGGACUACAUGGAUACUUGCCUCGGUUGUCACCGUCCUCACCCGUGCCGGAUGACAGCCGAAGAUGAUGCCGAGGUCGUCCCCUCUUGGAAGGAGUUACCCGUGACGCCGUUCCUGUGGUAUUGUGAGGGGUGUUUUUCCUACUCUCCACUGGGUGGUGACGCUGCUGCAGGAGGUGGAAGUUGUAGCGAUUGUGGCCUUGUGGGCAGAGGUUGGUCAACGAGUUUCUUUGAGUGGAGAUGUGGGUGUGGUGAAUUGAACAGCCCGCUUCGGCGUUGGUGCCAGGCAUGUAGUGUGAGGCGUAACUAUGCAGUCUGCCUCUGCGUCACGUGCGGGAAUGAGUGGAAAUUGCAGCCUCGUCAUCUAGCGGCGACGGCGGCGGUCGGGGAUGUCUGCCCAUCGUGCAACGAAAUCCAUCCACGUGACCUCGCGGCACGGCGACGCCGACUGCUGCGCUGCCCUUUUUGCCACUGGCUGACCCCCAGCGAUGGUGAAAGUUGCCAGAAUUGCAAACAAUGCAUAGGAGUGCUUCGUCAGUUCCUUGCUGGAUUGCCUGAUUGCCCUUGGUCGUGUCAUGUGUGUGGACGCCAGCACCACCAUCGUGACGCUGAGGGUUCCCUUCACCCACCAUGGUGUGAGUCUGUUGAGGCAUGCAGGGGUUGUGACGCGUUACGGGUUGAUCCGGUGCGGUUUGCGGUGCAUGAGACGUGGGCCUGCGUGAGUUGCAGGGGUCGAUUGGUGCGGGGAUUUAGCUGUCCCCACUGCCUUUCUCUGCACCCCGCCAUUGCGGCAAUGGAGGUCCAUGCAUGGAGCUGUGUUGUGUGCUUGUCGGUGAACAGCAGUUGGAAUAGUGUUUGCCAGCGUCGCGGCUGUGGAACGCGACGCUCGGCCGACUCCCCCGCGUUGCCGUACUCCCCGUGGCGUUGCUCUCGCUGCGGGGGGCACAGCCGAAGUGCACAGGUGCCCCAAUGUGAACACUGCGGCACUGUUCGGGUGGCAGCGUGCCAUGCUCCGGACCCCGCCGUGGAUGCAAAGCGACUGGGGCGCCUUGCCGAGGUGGAGGCGCUCCUGGCAAACGUGGCGGCUGCGAACGAGGACAAGGCGCCAGAAUUGAAUUUAGGGAGCCUCCCGAGCGACGAUUUGGCACGGUGUCUCGUCGACAGCCUGCGGCUUGUCAUACCACUGGGAUGA